AGCAACAACAACAGCAACAACACCAAAAACACUUCAACGGGUCCAAUGUUGCAGCUAACAACAUGCAGCAAACCAGAGCAACAACAAGAACAACAACAACAAAACGAACAACCACAAAAACAAUUCGAACCAGAACAAAAAGAGCAACAGCAAUGGAAUGUUGUUGUUGUCAACAACUACAGCAACAACAACAACAACAACGACGACAACAACAAAAAUUUAGCCGAUUUAGCUAAAGACACAUCAGCAACAUCGGCCAUUAUGGCAUCGGCAACGGCAACGUCAACGGUAACGGCAUCGACAUUGACAUCGCGCAGCCAGUUAAACAAUAUGUUGGCCAAAAAUAUAAUUAACAAAUCGACAACGAUAGAUUUCAAUAGUCGUCGACGACGCGGUCGCCUACGAUCCACUAUGGAGGAUGCAAAAUGUUGCCAAUUAGUGCCAGCAGCAACAUUAACUGCUAACACACACCAACAACAGCCAACAGAGCAAACGCAACAGCAAUCCUCUUCAAAUACUGCAAUGCUAAUUGUCAAACAAAGUGUAAAUAUUUUCAAACGCUUAGUAUUAUUAACAUUAAAUGCCACAACAACAACAACACAAAUAAGAACAACAACAGCGACAGAGGCAACAGCAAACAAAAUUACGGCUUCUCCCUCCUCCAAUUCCAACUCCUCAUCAUCCUGCUGUUGCCGUCGUCGUCGUAGUCGUCGCCGAUGUUGCCUGCAGCCUGCAAUGUUAGGCAUUUUCUUAAUAUUUUGCCUAUUGAAUCCACAAGAAAUUGGUGUCGAUUCAGCUAAACCAAAAUCAGCCAAACAUCAGCCCAAUACAAGUAAUAAUAACCACAAUAAUAUUGCUGGAGUUGCCGGUGGUGCUGGCGGUGGUGGUGGUGGUGGCGCCCCGCCCACUUAUCAAGUGGAACCAUCGCAACAAACAUCGAAUGAGGAUGAAGCCGAAUUGCUAUAUCCCUUUCAGUCCGAGGAGCAAAUGUUUGACGAGGAGGAGAUGAAUUUGAAUGCAGCUCAUGGCCCGGACGAGGAUAAUAUGGCCAAUCAACGUGGUAUCAAUGACACGCACAACGAUAAUUCGACCAUCACGAAAACGCCGCUAUUUCCAAAAGAUCUUUUCACAAAAGAACAGCUUGAGAACGGCGCUGUCAUCCUGCAUAUCAUUGGUGUCAUCUAUAUGUUUGUGGCGCUGGCAAUUGUCUGCGAUGAAUUCUUCGUGCCUUCCCUUGACGUAAUCAUUGAAAAGCUCGGCAUCACUGACGAUGUUGCCGGCGCAACUUUUAUGGCCGCGGGUGGCAGUGCCCCCGAGCUCUUCACAAGUGUCAUUGGCGUUUUCGUGUCGUUCGAUGAUGUUGGCAUUGGUACGAUCGUUGGUUCGGCUGUCUUCAACAUCCUUUUUGUGAUUGGCAUGUGUGCGCUAUUCUCAAAGACGGUGCUUUCGUUGACAUGGUGGCCCCUAUUUCGCGAUUGCUCAUUCUAUAGCAUCAGCCUGCUGGUAUUGAUCUACUUUUUUCGCGACAAUCGCAUCUAUUGGUGGGAGGCCCUCAUACUCUUCACCAUCUAUAUUGCCUAUGUGGCCUUCAUGAAGUGGAACGUUCAGGUGGAGCAGUGCGUCAAGAAGAUGAUUACCAAAAACAAGGUGACUCGCGUCAGAAGUACAGAUCAACUUAUGCCAGCAGGUAAUGCGGCCAACUCAUCGGAAACAUCAAUGGCCACACAGCCGGGCGGCUCGGUGACAUCGCGUGCCGCCAGCGAGACCCGCUCUGGUCCGCCCGGUUCGAGUAAUGCUGCUGGCGCUACAGGUAAUAGCGGUGGUGGCACUUCGGGUAGUACACAGACCGGUGCAAAAUUCCGUCAUGGCCUAUUACAGCUAAUGAUACACACGAUAGAUCCUCUACACGAUGAUGAUGUUCCAGGCAAAGUCGACGAGAAGGCAACUCAGUUGCAUGCCAUUGCGUCGCUUAAGGUCCUACUGGAUGCCACAAAACCGCAGCGGGGUGGAGCCACUACCUCAGCGGCAAAUCAUGUCAAAAUCAAUCUAAAGGAGACAACGUUGGCCGAUCGUCCCAAUGGCAAUAUCGAUACAACACUCGAUUCGCCAUCGUUAAGUGGUCGACGUCCUAGCUGGAUUGAGCAGAGGGUCAAAAUUCAGACACGCAAAUUUAGCAUCAAAGCUCCUGAAAUCGAAGAUGAACCGGAGCCAUUGAGCAUGGCCUGGCCGGAUACGGCACGUAAGCGUUUGACUUAUGUCCUGGUGGCACCUCUCCUGGUCCCCAUGUGGCUAACAUUGCCCGAUACACGUACACCGCGUGGCAAACGUUUCUUUCCGGUCACCUUCAUUGGUUCCAUUGUUUGGAUAGCUGCCUUCUCAUAUCUCAUGGUAUGGUGGGCCAAUGUGGCCGGUGAUACAGCUCGCAUACCGCCAGAGGUCAUGGGUCUGACAUUCUUGGCAGCGGGCACAUCCAUUCCGGAUUUAAUAACUUCGGUGAUUGUGGCACGAAAAGGUUUUGGUGAUAUGGCCGUAUCCAGUUCAGUGGGUAGCAACAUCUUCGAUGUGACUGUGGGAUUACCUAUACCCUGGCUACUCUAUGGCAUUAUCUAUGAUGCUCCAGUUGAGGUUAACUCGGUGGGCAUGGUCUGUUCCAUUACCAUCUUGUUUAUGAUGCUCGUAUUUGUGGUGAUGUCGAUUGCCUGUUUCCGUUGGCGCAUGAACAAGGGUUUGGGCUUUACCAUGUUUCUGUUAUAUUUUGUCUUUGUUGCCGUAUCGCUGAUGUUUGAAUAUGAUUUGAUAACUUGUCCAGUGUAAAAAGCGAUCGUCCAAAGACAAAAGCCAUUAACAAGAACCGAAAGAAAAAAACCGAAAAACAAAUGUUUGAAUCAAGCAAAAACUCAACCAACCAAAAUUAGCUAAAAAUUAUAUUAACAAAA